ACUCUCCCUCAUCUGUAUAUCUGCAAAAUUCCAAACUUUUUCUCAUUUCCAUCAGCUAAUUCUUCCUUAUCUGAAACUCAAUAUCUUCUUCUGCCCAAAUAAGCAGAAAUUCGGAUCAAUUCUUCAAUCAGCUUCUCAAAUUAGUUACCCUCCAGCCUAAUACAAGUUAGGGUUUCACUUGUGAUCUCAGUUACAAAAAAAAUUUCGCUGAUUUGUUCUUAUAUAUCGCUGUAAAUUGAUUCCCUUUUGGCUGAAUUCGAAUCAAUUUUUCCAUAGAACUUGUUUUUCAGAUCAAAGAGAUUUCCUUCCAUUUGAGAUUUACUUUUUGAUUUGGAGAAUAGAUAUGUUCUACGGGGCAGUGGUAUGGGAUCCAUGGCUGAUUGUUGCCCAAAUCGUUUGUCUUCAAUGUCUAUACUACUUGACGCUGGGGAUAUUCAUGGCAGGUCUAGUAGGAACUAGGGUUUCCCGAAUUAGUCUAGUGUAUUUCUUUGAUUACGCCAGUGUCACUGUCUCUACUAACACGGGGUGGUGCGUCAUUACUGCGUUUAUUCUCAGCUCAAUUGCAGGAGCUGGCUACUUGGUCUAUAUUAUUGAGAGGGCAAAAAAGUGUUUAGAUUUUGCUUCCACCCUCUAUGGCAUCCAUCUUUUUACAUCUCUUGUCUAUGGGGGUUGGCCUUCUUCAUUAACGUGGUGGGUGGUGAAUAUUACCGGGUUUGCAGUGAUGGCAUUGCUAGGCGAGUACCUGUGCAUAAGACGUGAAUUAAGAGAAAUUCCAAUAUCAAGAUACCGGUCAAGUGUUUGAUGUAGCAGAAUUCAACAGCAAGGAACAAAUUUUGCUUUCAGUUUGCUGGUGGGUUCUGUUAACAUGUGGAUUGGCAGGUUCUGAUGCUUCUGUAAAUGAUAUGCUUUCCAUGCCUGGGGUCAAACAAUGAUGGAAAAUAAGUAAAAGAGAAGCAUAAAAGCAAGAUACAAGGUAGCAAAACUUACAAUUUGCCUUGCUGUCAUUAGGAGGAUCAAAAAGGACACACCCAUGACAAUGGUUUGCCAAGACCACUGCAAAGAAACAUUAACACAGCUUCAUGCAACAUGGUCUUUACUAGGUAAUCUUAUGCUUUUUUGAGGUUUUAUUUUCAAAAUUGCUACUGUAACCUCAUCUUUGUGAUGGAAAACAGAGGUUAACACUGGAAUUAUUUGCAUCUGGUUUGUGAAGUGGACAAUCCCAAGUAACCCUUUCAA